AACGGAAACGGAUGCUUUAAGUUGCUUAGCCAAAAAUUGAGUGGAAACAGUUCUCGAGGUGUCUUUUAUAUAUUUUUUUUUUUGAUGAUACUCUUGUGCACUUUGUGUGAAGGAAAAUCCGCUUUUGGUGAUUUUUACUAUACACCCCCUUGUCGGUGGUGAAUUCCGAUUAUUCGAUUGAAGUGUUUUAUAAAAUAAAAAAUAAAAAAAAAAUAAGAUAAAUGUAGAAAAUCCAAAGUGAUUGAAUUGAUAGUGAGAUAGAAAAAUAAAGAAAAUUGUAACAAAAUGAAAGAGCAAUCAGUUUUGCUCUUGAUGCCUAGUGCCGUUUCGUUCCGUCUUUUCGGUAUUUUGAUUUUCUUUGCUGUUGUCGUUGCUACUGCAAAUGCAGCCGUAGCAACAGUUCCAUCGUCCUUAUACGCGUAUACCGUUGCCAACCCAAAUAAUGAAGUCGACAAUACGAUUGUGAAUUAUUCUACAAAUUUAGCCUACAAUCAAUUGCUGCUAAAUCAAAACCGAAAGAAUUUCUACUUCAAGGAUAAUAACAGCAACAACAACAACAAUGCCGAUAGAAUUUCCGCCACUGCAACUUCACCAUCAUCGACCAGUGGGUGUACUCUGGACCGGUUGGCUGUGUAUAAAGUUGUCCUGCAAACUUAUUGGACGAGGGAUUUAUUCCCGAAGCACUAUCCCGAUUGGAGACCAUCAGCACAAUGGACUAAAACUUUAGGAAGAACCCAUGACUCGUCGUUUUCUCUAUUUCACAUAGGACAGCCGGCUUCGGCGGGUGUCAAGCAAUUUGCUGAGACUGGCAAAUCAGAUAUCUUUGAAUCAUCAUCAUCAUCACAGACAUCCCAGCAGCAGUCAACCACAGGAGGAGGAGCACCAGGAAUUACAUUAAAUUCAUUUACAUCAGCGACGACGUCCUCAGCAUCAUUAUCUACGCCAACGUCAUCAUCCUCGUCGGGUUCAGGGGGCGCUAGUGAAGCCUCAUCUUUGCAACGUAGCGUUUUCGAUGAGUUUGUAGUAUCGGCGAUAACAACGGGGGCCGGACGAAGUGAGGCGAAAUUCUUUGUGGACAGCAAUCACAGUUUGGUUUCCCUAAUGACGCGUAUUGUUCCAUCGCCAGAUUGGUUCAUUGGAGUUGAUUCCUUUCAGCUUUGCGUCGGAGGCUCAUGGAUCGAUACAGUUACCGUUGAAAUGGAUCCUCUAGAUGCUGGCACAGAUAAUGGAUUCACAUUCACCGCCCCCAAUUGGCCAACUAGCCCGCAAGGAGUUAUUUAUCGCAUCACAUCAAGAUACCCAGCACAUCCAGCAGGGAGUUUCUUCUAUCCAAAGAGCAAACGCCUACCACCGAUGGCCACAUUUCAGUUCAUCAAGCUCAAGGAAUACGAACUGAGUGAAGUUUUCAAUUUCGUCGAGGACGAUCGCCGCUACGAGACAGUGCAUACUCAAGCACACCUUGAAACCGAGCACAACCACGUCGAAAUGAAUAACGAACUGUCGGCGAGCAUAGAACGUGAACGUCAAACCGAAGUGGGGACUGCCAUUCCUGGCUCCGUUACAGAAAGGGAUCGAGUACGUUCCAGGUUGCUGGCUAAAAUGAAUCCAAUAAACAAUUCGACAAACGUUGUGCCGAAAAACGAUAAGAACGCUAUCCUGCAGAGUAUCGCAUCAAAUUAUAACUAUAACUACAACAGGACCAAUAAGCAACAGCAACACAAGAAACGUGUUUCCGGCCGUCGGUCGCGUGAUUGUCGUGUCGGCCAUUGGUCCGAUUGGAGUACGUGCAGCAAAAGCUGCGGCAUCGGUGAGAUGCAUCGAUAUCGAAAGAUUAUAAAACACGGCAAGAGAGGUGGACGACCGUGCCCGGCGCUACAAGAGUCCAAAUGGUGCGGCUCAGAAAAAGGAUGCCAUUCGCCUGUGACCUAUUUCAACUGGUCGAACACAUGAACGUUAAUUUAAAUAACUUUAAGGUAAAAUUGAAUAAAAAAAUGUAUUUAAUAUAAAUAAUAACAUACAAGUAAAAAUAAAAUUGAAAAAUUCUUAUAGUUUGACAAAAAUAAAAACAUACGCCGCAAUAUAUUAAAUCGAAAGAAAUAAAAAUACAAAAAACACACAAUUUGCUUUUAACAAUUACCUAUUAAAAAUCAUCGCAACAGUAAAAUCGCAAAAAAAACUAAAUAUACAUAAAUUGUUAAUGAAAACCCCAAAAUUUAAAUAUUAAGAUAGGACUUUUGACAAUAUAAUCAACUCUCAAUUCGAUUAGUAGUAAGUUAAAAACAAAUAGAAGCAGAAGUGGUCAAACAUAGGCUCCGCGUUGAAUUUGCCACGUCCUUUCUCAGAAACUUACAAAACCUUGUACUAAACAGAAAGAAAAUGAACAUACAAAAAAAAUAAUAAAAUUAAAUAAAAAAAUAAAAAUAAUAAUAGUCUUAAGCUAUUCGUAUAAGCAUAAUAACAAAAUAUAAUUUAUUUAAAAAAAAAUUUAAUUUCGUUUAACAAAUAAAAGUAAAUAGUUGUAAUAUUUGUACUGGUUACCGCCCUAAGUAAUGAUGGAAUGACACAUAUUUUCAUAAAAAUACCAAGAAACUUAAUUUAUGAAAUAUUUAGAUAAACCUUAUUCGAAAAAAAUGUUUAUAAAUUAAAUAAAAACAACAACAAAUAAUUAUAAAUCGUACAAAAUGAAAAUAAUGUAAAACAAAAAAAAAAUAUUAUUUUCUUGUGUAAACUACAAAAAUCAAAUUUUAGCAAAACCAACAAAAAAAAAAAAACCUUAAUUGUAGUCUUGAAUGCAAGGAAAUAUUUAUGACAUACUUUUAAUCAGCAAUUGUAGAUACUGUACCUUAAUGAUUUUGAUUAUUUUAUUUAUUUCCAUAAAAAAUAACUUUUAAAAGAAAUAUAUAAAUCAACAACCACAAAAUACAAAACGCAAACAGCAUACAUUGUAAAAUUGUAGUGUAUAAACAAAGAUCAAGGUAAAAAUCGAGAAAAUAAAAAUAU